AUGAAAUCAUACUCUUGGGGAACAGGUUAUGAUGAUGACAGCUUUGUAGUUUUAACAGAAACCUCACUGUUUGUUACUUUAUCAAAAAAAGAAUUUGGUGUUUUCAGGAAGAACCAGCAUACUCCGUUAAAUUGCAGUAACCAAGUCAUCUCCAUGUCUUCCAAACCAAAGAAUGUGUCCAGCACAGAAGCCACCAACUCCGUUAGCUGCUUCAUCCUCAUGGGCUUUCCCUCAAGCCCAGAAAUGCAGCUCCUCUACUUUGGACUCUUCUCAGUAGUCUACAUCCUGACUCUGAUGGGGAAUACGGUCAUUGUCUAUGCUGUGCUGUGGGACCGGCAUCUUCACACCCCCAUGUACAUCUUCUUGGGAAAUUUCUCUCUCCUAGAAAUAUGUUAUGUCACCACGACCAUCCCCAAUAUGUUGGCCAAUUUCCUGUCCACAAGCAAGUCUAUCUCCUUCGUGAGCUGUUUCACACAGUUCUACUUCUUCUUCUCUUUUGGGUGUGAUGAGGGCUUCUUCCUUUGCAUCAUGGCCUUUGACAGGUACCUUGCCAUCUGUCAUCCUCUACAUUACCCUGCAAUGGGUAAACAGCUGUACACCAGACUUGUCAUCUUCGGAUAGUCGGGUGGGCUCAUCCUCUUACUAACCCCAGUUGUUCUCAUUUCACAGUUGCCCUUCUGUGGCCCAAAUACCAUCAACCAUUUUUUGUGUGACCCUGUCCCACUGAUGAUGCUGUCUUGUUCUGAAGACACCAUAACUCAGCUCAUUUAUUCUACUUUCAAUGCUAUUUUCAUGAUUGGGACCUUCCUCUUUAUUCUUUGCUCCUAUGCUCUGGUGAUUCUGACUGUACUGUGGAUGCCCUCAUGGGCUGGCAAACACAAGGCUUUCUCCACUUGUGCUUCUCAUUUGGCUGUUGUCAUUCUGUUUUUUGGCUCUAUUAUGGUGAUGUAUAUUAGUCCUGGAUCAGGACACCCUGUGCAAGUGCAGAAAAUUGUGACCUUAUUUUAUUCUGUGAUAACACCCCUCUGCAAUCCUCUAAUAUAUAGCCUCAGGAACAAGGAGAUGAAGACUGCCUUAAGGAAAGUCUUUGGGACUGAAAUAUCUGCCCAUAAAAUAUAA